ACUGAAACGCCCAUGCUUCCUUGUAUAUGUAUAAAUAAAACCAUGCUAUAGUCUAUACCUAUUAGCCUUCUUUUUUUUUUUUCAUUUUUUAGGUAUAGCUUCUACUUCUCUCAGUCUCCACAUUUCCUCUCCUUUCCCAUAUAAAUUCAAAAGCAUCAUUAUUAUUGUUUUUUGUCUACUUAUCUCGAAAAGCUUUCUGUUCCCAACUUCCAUUCAAAUCUAACCAUAUUCUCUUAUGGGUAUUUCUUUAUCUUUCUAAAGAAGAGAGAAAGAGGGACUUUAGUAGGGUUUGGCUGCAAUUCUUGUUUCUAUAUUGGAGGGCAAAAGAAUGCAGAAAUUUCAUCUGCUUGUUUCUUUAUCUUUGCUUGCUUGCCUUGUUACUCUUCCACCAUUUGUUUCUUGCUUGUCUCACGAAGAUAUCAGCGGUCAGAAGAGCACGAGACAUAACAUUCAUAGGCUAAGUCCUAAGAUGAAAUCUGAAGUUGCUCUUCAUGGAGUUCUGUUAUGGGUGUCCAUGGGGUUCUUAGCGCCUCUUGGGAUACUCAUUAUUAGAAUGUCCAAUAGAGAGAAAGAUGUAAAAAGAAGGAAACUUUUCUUUUACCUCCACUUGAUUUUGCAGGCACUUUCUGUGCUUCUUGCCACAUCUGGAGCUAUCAUGUCCAUAAAAUCAUUUGACAAUUCUUUUGAUAACAACCACCAGAGGAUAGGUCUAGCUCUUUACUGUGCUGUUUGGGUGCAAGCUGUUAUUGGAUUCUUGAGACCUCUAAGAGGGAGUAAAAGAAGAAGUAAGUGGUAUCUCCUGCAUUGGAUGCUUGGAACAGUGACAUCUCUAGUUGGGAUAAUCAAUAUCUACACGGGGUUAGAUGCUUACCAUAAGAAAGUAUCAAGAAACACAAGAAUUUGGAAUAUACUUUUCACAGCACAAAUCUUUUUCAUGGGUUUCUUUUACCUAUUUCAAGAGAAAUGGGAGUACAUGCAAAAGCAAGGAAUGAUUUCAGGCAAUGAGACAAUAGAAACCACCAAUAUGAAUCAACUUAUUACUCAUACUGAAUCUCAAAAGGUGUUGGCUAUGGUGCCUGAAUCAUGUGCCAAGAACAAUGCACUAAAGAACUUGUUUGACUAAUUGCUUAAAAUUGAUAUUUAUGGAUUUGUAUUUCUUUCAUUUUCACCUUUUUCUUUUCUAUAAUUUCUUUAUCAUUUUUAAUUAUGGGUUUUGCUUAUAUAUGUAUACUUUAUUUCUUGAUGCUUGCACUCCAUUGAUUCAAGUUUCUUAAAGUUAUAUGUUAAUGGAGUGCAUGCAUGAAAAAGUAGAGUAUAAUUAGCAAUAUCCCUUCUUAUAUAUAUUGGGUAUGGAAUUUCUUGUGAUCUCUUUUUAGUCCUGAUUUAGAAACGGGCAUUGGAAAAGGAACACUUAGGUAAUAAAUUGUGUAAUUCUUGGUACAAGCUAUAUUACCAAGUUGGUGUUUUUGUUGUGUA